AUCCUCAUUUCUGUGAAUUGGUUGGAGGGAUUUCUGAAAGUAUUCUUCUGUGCUGAAGUACUGUUACUCUUCGACUGUAUCUUUCUGUGACGAUAGGUCUCGGAAUUCGCCGGAAACCCCGAAUCAGAUGCCACGAGUUGUAACGAUCGAUGAACAGCAUGUUCACACUCUUGCAUUUCUACCUCUACGAUACUGACCUGCAUCUCUACGAGUACGCCUUGAAAGCGACGCGAUUGAAAGACGAUCGACCUCCACCUUUCCGUCCGUCUUGACCAUAUCUUCUCGCACCUGCAGACAAUCACAUUAGCAAUGCCUUCGACACUCAAACUUGAUGACCUCGAUGAUGAUUGUAUCGGUCUCGUGGUGGACGAGCUGAGGUACCAGUACGAGCGCCAUAAUUCGGAAUCACUUCGCUCGUUCUCUGUCGUAUGCCGGCGCAUUCGCGAGAUCACAUCCCCAGCCCUGUUCGCCCAGUGCUCAGCACCCCUGGACGUCGAUGUCCGCGGCUUCAUUCCAAACACGCUUUGGAAAUAUAUCCGUGUUUUGUCACUUACUGGACACCAAGGACGAAGCGGUCCAUACUUAAGAACCGACCAUCUCGAAAGGGCGAUGCCAUACUUCGAGGUUCUGGAAUCCGUGAGGUUCUUGAAUAGCUUGGGAAGUACGAUUAUCCUUGUCAUCCCUGCCGUGCUGGCCGCUCCUCGCCUACGAGCAUUACACGUUAUCAACCAAGUGGCAGACUCCGAACCAAGUCUGUCUGAUAGCCUCCAAUCUUCUACGAUUCCCCAGAUUCCUACCUCUGUCGUAGAGUUAAUAUGGACUAGGAGCCAAUGGAUUUAUAUGAGCGACGCCCAAAUAUCUGAUGAGGCAGCUCUAAUACGUUCAUUCUCCCUUCCUCUUAGACUUUCACUCCAAGUACUAAGUCUUCCCCUCGAGUCGACUCCAAUUCCCGAGCUUUCCACACUCAUCUGGCCCAAUCUCACCGAUUUCUCGCUCACCGCCAAUCGACCAUCACCGACCAUACCGCUAGCCAUAGACUUUCAUUCCGUCGUUAGCAACAUGCCCCGCCUUACCUCCUUGAGUCUGAUGCUACCCCAAUCACGGUCAACCUCGAGAUCAACCGUCGUUUUCCCCAAUAACCCGACCACGAUAUCUCCUCUCGAACAUCUCCGGAGCCUGGCGCUAGCCUACCCAAACCCGGAAGACCUUAUAUUCAACCAUCUUCCAGCAUCGUUAUGGCACCUAUCGCUAACGGACUGCCCCCGACAUUACCUCUCGUUGGACCCUCCGAGUCGUCUCAGAAAAUACGCUUACUCUGCGCCCAUCAUCACUUCGUCCGAGCUCCGGGAAAUCAUUGAUCGCUGCAACACUCCGGCUCUUAAGACCCUCGAAGUCGUCUACGAGGCGGACACAUCGGAGGGGGAAACGUUGGACUUGAUCGCCCGCAAGUUUUCGCAACUUCAUACACUCAAGUUAUUCCGCUACACAUCAUCUGCGGACGAUCCCGUAGACGCCACGGUCGUUGCAUCAGCGCUUUCUCCGCUCAAACAACUUCGUCACAUAUACGUCCACCUCAACAACCCGAGAGCUCCGUAUUCCUACCCCAAACAGCCCGCGGAGGAACAAUGGGCCGUCACGAGAUUCUGGGACGGCCUUCAACACACCGCGGACGUUUUCGCGAAUGCAUUCGCACCUCAUCUCAGGCUGGAGACGAUACACCUGCUCGAGCGCUACUAUUGGUCGACGCAUUGGACGAGAUGGAGUGUAAGGUAUGGGGAUGGGGAUGGGGGAGACGGCGGUGUCAAUGGUGGGUCCGGGAUCGGGAAGGAAGCGUAUUGUGUGCGCGUUCGCGAUUAUAAAAUCCCAGAACAAGUAGAACCGAGACCAAGACCUAGAUGAAUUGCAAGGCAGGACCGUUCCUGUUUCUGCGUGGUUUGGCUGCCUUUGUCGUGGUGGUACGUUUGUAGAUGACGCCGAAAGAUAGAGUUGAAUUGAACUUAAGUUCUG